UGUUGUUGACAGAUGUCAAUUUUCACAUACGAAACGAUCGCAAUUUCGCAGCAGAGAAAAAUAUUACAAGACCAAAAUCGAUUUCUAUGGAAAUAGUGCAUAUUUUUGAAUUGAUUUGCAACUUUGCACAGUGUAAUUCAUAAAUAUAUCAUGGCUCUUUCAUUUUUGCGGACUAAGCUUGUGGCUCGACACGUAAAAAGCCAUUUAUAUCAGAACAAACGCAACGCGGGAUAUGUGGUGUUAAUUCCUGAAAUAGGCGAAGAUGCCGACAAGAGCAUGCUGCUUUCAGAAAAUGGCUUACCGGAGUUCAAUGACCUUACAAUAGAAAAAUGCAUUGCUGCUAUCAGCAAACAGAGCCUGGAGUAUGAAACUGGGGUAAAACAAAUAGAAUCAUCCGCACCCAAUUGCAAAAAUGCAUUUGUGGAAAUAUUCCGCCCCUUGGAACUGCUUGACAGUCCCUUAGAGUUGACAUGGGGCAUGGCCAAAACAUUAUAUUUAGGAAACAGCUGCUUAAUGCCAACCAAGUCAUACAUCAAAAUUCAUGAGCGAGCUCACAGGGCAAGAGCGUCCAAAUUCAAUAGCAGACCUAUAUUCCAAGCAGCUGUUGCAGAAAAAAACCGUCUCAAGAAACUUACUGAUGAGGAACAGAGACUCCUAGAUAAGUAUGUGUUAGAAGGUAAACUCAAUGGACUGGAUGUAGAUGGCAUCAACAGAGAGAAACUAAACAACAUUGUAGCAGAGAUGCAAAAAGAGAGAAACUUUUUCAGAGACAAGGUUAGCACUGCCACAAAGAUCUUUAGCAGCACAAUUGAAAACGGUGAGAUUGUGAAAGACUUUCCUGAAAGCCUUUUAAAGUCAAUGUCGGUCCACAAUCACCCAAAUAAAGGUCCGUGGAAGAUUACCUUGCAGCCAUUCAUUUAUGAACCAUUUAUGCAGUACUGCCCGGUGAGAGGCCUGCGCUGGAAUGCGUGGCAGGCACACACCCAGAGAUGCUCUGGAUAUGGCAACAAAGACUUGGAGUCAAGUACACAUCUCGAGAAAAUCCGUGGCCUGCGUCAGGAGCAAGCAAAAAUACUUGGCUAUGAUACUUUUGCUGACAUGAGCAUGGAAACCAAGAUGGCUGGCUCCAUUGAAAAUAUCUACAGCCAUUUAGACAGCUUGCUGGAACAUGCAAGGCCCAUGCAAGAUGUGGAAUUGCAGAGUUUGCAAGAUUUUGCCAAUGAGAGAGGCUUCGAUGACAGACUUGAGUUCUGGGAUGUCCCCUACUGGCAGAGGAAGCAGAAGUGGUCUCUGUACAACUAUGAUGAGGACAAGAUACGAGAAUACUUCCCAUUACCAAGAGUUAUGAACAGCCUGUUCAAUUUGUGCAGUACAUUGUUCAAAAUAGAAAUAGUGGAAAGACAAGAUGUUCACACAUGGCACAAGGAUGUUAAGUUUUACAAUAUUUUUGAUGAAUCAACUAAUCAACCCAUUGCUGGGUUUUACCUGGACCCAUAUGCACGUCAAGAUGAGAAGAUCCGCAUUUACGAUGACGCCGGCUGGCAUGUGUCGAUGAGAAACAAGAGCACUGUGUCAUCCACCAACCCACUAUCAGCUCUGAUCUUUAAUUUCCAAGCUCCAGAGGGAGAAAAGCAGUCUUUGCUCUCUUUCCAAGAAGUCGGCGUGCUGUUCCAACGAUUCGGCCACGCACUGAGGCAUUUACUGACCAGAGCUAACUACUCAGAAGUGGCUGGCUUAUCCAAUGUUGAAUGGGACACAGCAGAAGUCUGCGGGCAUGUGAUGACGCACUGGCUCUAUGACCCCAACACUAUAAAGGCUAUCAGUGGCCACUACAAGACUGAGGAGCAACUACCAGAAGACAUGAUUGUAAACCUGCAGAAGGUCCGAGGCCACAUGGCGGGCUACGACCUGUGCAAGGAGCUCUAUCUGUCCAGGUUAGACCUGGAGUUGCACUCGACGAAGACAUUCUGGCGCGAUCUAGUCCGUGAGAUGUGGCCGAGAUACCACUCUCUACCGUUCGACAAAUACGACUCCCACCCUCUAUCAUUCACGAAGAUCAUGUCUGAGGAAUGGGCGGCUGCUUACUACAGUCACUUAUGGUCUCGGAUGAUAGCGGCGGAUAUUUACAGCGCGUUUGAGGAGGCUCGGCAGAGGGACGGUGACGUGUUGUCGGUGGGACAGCGGUACCGGGAGACGUUCCUGGCUGCUGGCGGCGGCUGCCACCCCGCCGAGGUGUUCCGCCGGUUCCGCGGCCGAGACCCCUCCCCGCAAGCCCUACUCAACAACCUGCGACUCUCAAAUAAAAUGAUAGAGGAGUAGCGUGGAUAGUAUUUAUUGUUUUAAUUAGACGUAAUGUAAUUAAUUAUAUUUAUGGUAACGAUAAUAUACGAUAUUUGUUCCUAAA